UACGUACGUCUGUUGAUAUGUUCAUCAGAGGACACAGUACACUAUUACAGAGAGCAUUUGUUCAGUUGUCAGGCAUUCGUAGUGUGUCUCAAAAUAACCUGCCAGUCCAUUACAGGUACAGAGAUCAGYUUAAAUAUGGAAUCUAUGCAGCWAGGCCAGGACUUGUAAGAGAAAAUGCCUUGGAGUCUGCCAGAGUUGCAAUCCUAAGAAAAGCCAAGACGAAACAAAUCAAUAUGAUCAAAGCACAUAUACCAAUAACCAAGAAACCUCUYGGCACUCGUAUGGGCAAAGGAAAAGGAAAGAUUAAUCAUCGUGUUGCUAAUGUUAAGGCUGGGAAGUUACUUUUUGAAUAUAGCUGUGACAGUGGAACAUUAGCAGUUGAGGCAUUUCAUCAAGCAAGCAACAGAUUACCAGUUAAGACUCAUUUGAGGGUUAAACCAGAUGGAAAAAAGCAAAUAUGGACACAAUUUUAAUAUAUGUUUUGUAUAYACAAAUUAUGAAAAAUGCUACAGAACUGAUCAGGCUAAAAUUGUGUUAUUUUGUGGGGGAUAAAAGAGAUGUUUAGCAAGUCUUCCUGRUACCAGACCUAUAGAACAUCAUAAAAAUGGAGCAGAAGAAUCAAAAAAWUAAUAUUUUGUGUAUGUAAUAAUGGGAGAUAUUUCAUUUGCAUUGACCUGUUAUUCUCACACUUGGGAUAGCCUUAAAUGAGUUCUGUUUCCAUUAGGUUACGCUCUGAUGCAAUCUACUCAAUCACAUAUGACCACAGGGAGCCCACUUAAGAUAAAAGUGAUAGGRAAAAAACAAGAUCAGAGAAAGAUUUGCACAAGAUUCACUUUUUUACUUGUGUAUAUCUACAUUAGAUUYGUAAGGCGAGUAAGCAAAAUAUUUAAGAAAUUGAAGGCCAUUUUAAAAGAAUGUCCAUUAGUCACUUUUAUUUGUGGGCAUUCCCUAUAUAUGUGUUUCAUAUGUCAUCACGGCUAGUUUAUACGGGAAACACAAUGGAAAAUACAAUUUUUCGCAGUUUUCAAAACA